CCCCCUCUCCUUCCAGACACCUUUCCCUGAUCCGGGAUCAGCAGCAGCUCUUCUCUCUUUCUCUCUCACACACACACACUCACACUUCCUCACCAAAGCGCACUUCCAGUCCACAUGGAGCCAUCCCAUCCUCUUCACCUUCACUGCUGACUGACGCGCUGCUGUGGCGCUGCGUGGAAGUUUCUGUCCAAAAAAGGGGCUUCACGACUUUUUCUUUGACUUGAUCAAAAACGGUCACUGUGUAGUCCCCUUCGGGCUGCAGGCAUCGACAUGGCAAUGUUUUGGUUGCUUUUGCAGUAUUAUGUGCUGUCGAGUUUUGUGUGCAACGCGAUCGCGUUCGUGGAGGAACCGUCCGGAGGUAGAGCGGACGGGUACUGCGGGCGGAUUCUAAGAGCACAGACCCAGGGGACCCGACGGGAUGGGCACCAUGAGUUCCGCCUCAGAGUGGAAGGCGACCCGGAAGCCUACCAGCCCGGCAGCACCUAUAGAGUGAUCCUCUUGGCAACCAGCCCUGCAUAUUUCAGAGGUUUUACCCUCAUUGCACUGAAGGAGGGCAGGGAGGGUACGACAGAUGAAGACUACACCGGCCAGUUCCAGAUCAUUGAUGAAGAGGACACACAGUUCAUGACCAACUGUCCCCCGGCGGUGACGGAGAGCACGCCUCGCAGACGCACCAGGAUACAGGUUUACUGGACAGCGCCACCUACUGGGAGUGGUUGUGUCAUACUCAAGGCGAGCAUUGUCCAGAAGAAAAUCAUCUAUUUCCAGGACGAGGGCUCUCUUACCAUCCGGCUAUGCGAGAAAGAGCGGGUGUUAGGAGAGGCAACAGCAGACCCUGCCUUGGAGUGUUGUGCCUGCGGGACAGCCAAAUACAGACUCACCUUCUAUGGCAACUGGUCGGAGAAAGUGCAUCCCAAAGACUAUCCCAGACGGGCCAACCACUGGUCUGCACUGAUUGGUGCAUCCCACACUCGAGGUUAUGUGCUCUGGGAGUAUGGAGGUUAUGCUAGCGAGGGGGUCCGACAAGUUGCUGAGUUUGGCUCCCCCAUCAAAAUGGAAGAAGAGAUUCGACAGAAGGGUGAUGAAGUUCUGACUGUCAUUAAAACCAAAGCUCAGUGGCCAGCGUGGCAGCCGCUCAACCUUCGAGCAGCUCCAUCUGCUGAGUUCUCUGUUGAUCAGACCCGCCACUUGAUGUCCUUUCUCACCAUGCUCGGGCCCAGUCCUGACUGGAAUGUGGGGCUGUCAGGAGAGGACCUCUGUACCAAAGAAUGUGGCUGGGUCCAGCGGCUGGUAACAGACCUUAUACCCUGGGAUGCCGGCACCGACAGUGGUAUCACAUAUGAAUCACCAAACAAGCCCAUCAAUCCCCAAGAGAAAAUUCGCCCUUUAACUAGUUUGGAUCACCCCCAGAGCCCCUUCUAUGACCCAGAGGGUGGUGCAAUUACCCCAGUGGCCAGGGUAGUGGUGGAGCGUAUCGCCAGAAAGGGUGAGCAGUGUAAUGUGGUGCCAGACAGCAUUGAUGACAUUGUAGCAGACAUUGGUCAGGAGGAAACGGAGAAAGAUGACACCCCUGAGACUUGUAUCUACUCUGGUUGGUCUCCUUGGUCGGCCUGCAGCAGUGCAUCAUGUGAAAAAGGUCGACGGAUGAGGCAGAGGAUGCUUAAAGCCCAGCUCGAUCUCAGCGUUCCAUGUCCCCACACUCAAGAUUUCCAGCCCUGCAUGGGCCCUGGAUGCAGUGUGCAGGAGCCGUCGACAUGCAUGAUGUCAGAGUGGAUAAGCUGGUCGGCCUGUAGCAUUUCCUGUGGGAUGGGAAUGAGGUCCAGAGAGCGUUAUGUCAAACAGUACCCAGAGGAUGGAUCUCUCUGCCAACUCAACACAGAGGAGAUAGAGAAGUGUAUCGUCAAUGAAGAAUGCUCAGCCAGCAGCUGUGUGGUGACUGAAUGGACUGAGUGGGAACCCUGCAGUGUGUCCUGUGGGAUGGGCAUGAGAAGACGUGAGCGAAUGGUUAAAAUGCCUCCGAUUGAUGGGUCAAUGUGUAAAACGGAGGUGGCCGAAGUUGACAAAUGCAUGAUGCCAGAAUGCUAUACCAUCCCAUGUAUGUUGUCACCAUGGUCUGACUGGAGCGAAUGUAGUGUCACAUGUGGGCGUGGACUCCGCACCCGCCAGAGGAUGCUUAAAUCCGAUCCUGGAGAGUGUACUGAAGAGUUGGAGCAGACUGAGAAGUGCAUGCUGCCAGAGUGUCCUAUUGACUGCAUGGUCUCCGAGUGGUCCGAGUGGUCCGAAUGCAACAAGUCCUGCGGUAAAGGACACACCAUCCGAACCCGCAUGGUUAAACUGGAGCCGCAGUUCGGGGGCAGCGCAUGUCCCGAGACCAUUCAACGCAAGAAAUGCAAGAUCCGGAAGUGCCGAUCAAAACCAAAGGAGGAGAGCAAGAGGCGAAGAAGGGGUAAACAGGGAAGACAUGCGGUGUUGGAAGAACAGUCAGGUUGUGGGAUGCAGCCCUGGACCGGCUGGACAGACUGCACCAAAUCCUGUGGAGGGGGUAUCCAGGAGCGUUUCAUGUUGAAGAAGAAAAGAGCUAAAGGCACUCUGACGGGCAACUGCAAGGACCGGAAGGAGAUACGCGCUUGUAACGUUAAUCCCUGCUAGGGAACGCUGUUUUGUCAUACAGGAAAGUGCUAGGAUAAAUGUGUGUUUCUAUGGCUGUAUAUGUAGAAAAACAAAAACGAUUUGGAAGAAUGUUGUUGGGUAGACAGUGCAGGGGAGAGCUGUGUGAUUGGUGGCUUGAACGAAGUGAGGUGGCUCGAGAGAAAACGGUGAGGUGACGCCUGUGUACGCCUUGAGCUGACAGCUGUUUUUUUUUUUUUUUUUUUUAACAGCACUACAUAAUUAUUAAAGAGUACUAGCACUGUAGCUUUCCUGUAUUUUGAGUGAUUUUGGCAUACGAGGCAUAAAAUAGAGCUGCAUAACAGAAACUGUGAUCAAAAUGAUUUACAAUUCUCAGCAAAAUUGACAUCCAUUUGGUAACAAACCUAAUGAGAUUUUUAACUGUCACCAACCUAAAUCCUUUGAUGCACAGGUGUGUACAACAUGUACUUGAAAACUCUUUCGAUGGUCCAGCUGCAGAACAAAACCAGCUUUUAUUCGUGAUUAUAAACACAUUACAACAUUUUCAAAUAAGAGGAACUAAAUUAAUUGGCUUUUUCCAAAGCAAACAAUUCCAAGUAACAGCAUUUUUCCUUCUCUUGUUUCUCUGCUAAUGUGUCACUCACUGCUUUUCUUUGUUGCAUAGAGACAGAACAAUUCUACUGCUCACCUUCUGCGACCUGAAUUUCCCAACAUAGCAAAAAGUUCUUUCACAUUGCGUACUAAAAUGUCUGAUAGAAAUGAUUGGCUAACCUGUUUUUUUCAUGAUCAUUUGACAAUGAUUUUUGGUUUCAGUCAAAUUUAAAACGGAGCGUAACCAUUGGAAAAACAGCUAACAUUGAAAGCAUGUCAAAUAUGCUGGAACAUACUUAAGUGGGGAUGUAGUAUUUCCUCAACCUGUUGAUAAGAACACAAGGGGUCUGUAAGACGAAUUAAUCGACUGUUUAUCGAACAUUGUGUGAGUUACAAAGGAUUUUUACCUUACACUUAAAAUGAGGUGUGUUUUUUCUUUUAACAUGAGUCAUAUAUUUGUCACUGCUGUUUAUCUGUGAUAUCAGCUGAUGUAGCAUUGAAACUGCAAUAUUUCUAUUGGACUUGCAUGUACAGUAUUAAUUUUUUUGCUCUGACAAUAGUUAUCUGAAUCCAAAUUUAAAUGCGUAGCUAAAUGAGUCAAUCUGUCUCCGGAAAGACAGACAUCAGCUUAAAAGUGUCACAUUAUCUAUACACAUUGUUGGGUUUUCAACAUAAUUGCAAUUCGUAUUUUGGCCUUAAGUAGGCUUAGAUUUGUAAUGUGCUCGUGAUGCGGUAGCCUAUUAACAUUCAGUGUUAUUUAUCAUCACCUAGGAAAUUAUGUUGUCAUCUUUUUCCUGUUUUGAUAAAUGUGAUUUUUCAAAGCUCUUAAGACUGCAGGCAUUUUCUUGGGGAUUUGUCAGCUCUCACACUAUUUGUUGGGUUUCAAGCUUCUUUUUUUGCUUUUGUGACCCUUUUAUAAGAAACCACGUUUGCAAUAAAAAAAAACAACUAUGUAAAUGUC